UCGCUUGGUUCCGGUAAGCAAGUGCUUACUUGAAAAGGGGCCAACAAUGUGUCCGAGGGGUAAAAUUAAAUUAGGCUUAACAAUGACAUUAAGAGGGAAAGUACCUGAGGACUAAAGAACAUUAUGGUGAAGUGGUAAUUCACAGACCCAGAGCACAAAGGAUCCAACCAGUGCAUUACUUCAAGAGAGAGGAGAGGUCAUCUAGAACCAGACCCAUGCAGACUUUCUACGCAUCUCUCUGGGGAUCCACUGUGCUGUUGAAAUCUGCUCAUAUCCGCUAGCCUGACCUAUCAGAGCAGACGUGGAAUGAAUCAAGGACUGAGAGAAUGGGUAUUCUCCAGUUUCUUUGACAACAUGUUGCUCUGUUCUAGGGAGCUUCGAAAGAGCUGAAAACCUUAUGUGUGUUUAUUGAAGUGAGUUGCUUUAGGCUCUUGUCACCUUACCCAUUUUGUGACAUCAUUUGUGAGAGGAGUGCUAAUACACACAUACAUGUGUGCAUGAAAUAAAAACCAACCUACACACUGGAAAGAAGAAUUAGAACCCAUUAGAAGAAAGAAGUAUCAGAGUGAGUGUAUGUGUGCAUGUGAAGCAGAAGGAGGGUGGUCACUAACAGGGGAAUAAAAGGAUAUGGAGGGGGUGGCUUGACACAAUACAUCUGUGGUUGCAGUAACAAGAGAGGGAGUUCUGAACUUAUGUAAGAAGGAGUGGAGGUAAGAUAAGAAUGCGAAGCUGGGUUGGAAAAUAUGAACCAAAACAAGAGAGAAAAUACAUUGACUGUAGUGAGGGAAGAGAAAGGAACAGGGGAAGGGGAAGCAGAAGUAGUGCUUGUACCGAGACAAGUAGAGACUGAAAAGCUGAGAAGAGUUGCCAAACAGGACACUACUGAAUUCCAUUCAACCUGGAAAAUAUGGAGCUGCCACCACGACCAAAACUCUUUGACUUCCAUGGAGUCUCGAUGACCCACUAUUUCACUGACAACUGGGAGAACAUACAAAACUUCCAGGCCAGGCCAGAUGAUAUUCUCAUUGCCACUUACCCCAAAGCAGGUACCACAUGGGUCUCCUACAUUCUAGACCUGCUGUAUUUUGGUCAGACAGCCCCUGAGCGUCAGACUUCACUGCCUAUCUAUGAGAGGGUGCCUUUUCUGGAGAGUGACUUCCAUAUUAUCCCUCCAGGAACAGAGCUGGCAGACAAGUUAUCCACCUCUCCUCGCCUCAUCAAGACUCACCUCCCAGUCCAGUUGGUGCCCAAGUCCUUCUGGGAGCAGAACUGCAGGGUAGUGUAUGUGGCCCGUAAUGCCAAGGACAAUGCAGUGUCUUAUUUCCACUUUGACCGUAUGAACAAGGCCGACCCAGAGCCAGGAGACUGGAACAACUUCUUACAGAGAUUCAUGGAUGGAAAGAUGGUGUUUGGUCCCUGGUACGACCAUGUAACUGGCUGGUGGGAGAGGACACAGACUCACUCCAAACUCCACUACGUUUUCUAUGAGGAUAUGAUUGAGGAUACGGGGAGAGAGCUGGACAGGCUGUGCUCCUUCCUAGGUUUGUCUCCUUCAGCAGAGGAGAAGGAGAGGGUGAGAGGAGGAGUGCAGUUUGAUACUAUGAAGAAGAACAGCAUGGCCAACUAUUCCACCGUUCCAAUCAUGGAUUUCAAGAUCUCACCAUUCAUGCGAAAAGGAAAGGUUGGUGACUGGAAGAACCAUUUCACUGUAGCCCAGAGUGAACAGUUUGAUGAAGACUAUAAGAAGAAGAUGAAGAACACCACCGUACAGUUCCGCACUGUAGUCUAGGGGUUGUGGUCAGGUUGAUUGUCUGAUUGUUUGUGGUCAGGUUGAUUGAUUGUUUAUUUGGCGCACAUAGACUUACGAUAGGCUCGGCUGGGGUGCCAGUCUUCCAUUGGUCCACAGUUAACUGGGCUAUAGUGUUGAAAUAUACAGAGUGAGGAUCAUAUCGUGUCAUAUCCUGGAGUGUGAAUGAGAAAGAUCAUGAAGUGUCUUAUAUAAUUUUUUGAGAAUGAUUGAUGCUACUUUGAGAUAUGAGCUAUAGGUUGAGAACUAAAAACAAAAAUAAAAUGAGGACAUACUGCACAGUACACUCUUAGCAAUGUGAGCUAUUUGUAAAUCCUCUUGCCUGGUCUGUUUUUCAGUGUCUGAGAAAAAAACAGUGAGAGUCGAUACAGUAAUGAAUAUGUAAAUGGAGAAGAGCAUUAUUAAGCAUCAAACAUUGUUUUAUUCUGUUUCAAAAAUAGACAUACUUUGAAACUGUAACAUUUCCUACUCGUAUACUGUAUACAGUAUGACUAAAUGUAAUACAUUGAUGUUUGUUUGAGGAUAUUUUUUUUACAGGGACAGUG